GCAGUACCUUUGAAAGCCAAAGGGGAAAGAGGAAAUAUAAGAAACAGAAGGACAAGGGGGAGGAGAAGGAGGCAGAGGAGGAGGAGCAGGAGGAGGAGGAGGAGGAGGAGGAGGAGGAGGAGGAGCAGGAGCAGGAGCAGGAUGAAGAGGAGGAGGAGGAGCAGGAGGAAGAGGAGGAGGAGGAGCACGCGGCUUACCCUGAGCUUCUGUGCUUGUGCAGUGGCAACCAGGGCCGCACCACUGCCACCGGUGCCGCUCCCAGUCCCACCUCUUGGGCUCCUCUGACCAAACGGCAGGAAGCACGACAUC